AUGCAACAGAAGAAUGUCGUUGUCCUUGGUGCUGGAGUCUCCGGGCUGACGACCGCUCUGCUUCUCUGCAAGACGAGGAAGUACAGCAUCACGAUCAUCGCGAAGCACAUGCCAGGAGACUAUGACAUCGAAUAUGCCUCUCCAUGGGCAGGGGCGGAUUUUGUGCCACCGCACGUCGGCAUGGGAGUCUCGAUGAAGGAGCCGCUUGAGCUCGCAACCUGGCCGGAGCUGGAGAGGUUGGCACGAGAGCAGCCGGAAGCUGGUAUUCACUUGCAAGAAUCGAUCUUCUACCGAAGGACCAAAGAUCGAGACAACGAGAAAGGAAAGUACGUCGAAGAUUUGAUGAGAGACGACAAUCCUUUCAGAAGGAUGCUGCCGAACUUCCGGAUUCUACAUAGGAAUAAGCUACCACAAGGCAUGGAUGCGGCCGUGUCGUAUACCAGUGUGUGCAUCAAUACCUCUUUGUACCUACCGUGGCUGGCUUCGCAAUGCUUGAAGGCCGGCGUUGUCAUGAAGAGAGGCAUUCUUAACCACAUCUCGGACGCAGCAGCCCUGCACCAUUCCAGCAGUCCCGCGGAGCUUGUCGUCAACUGCACUGGCCUCUCUUCCCUAAGGCUGGGUGGCGUCGAAGACCUUACCUUGUACCCGUCUCGCGGCCAGACAGCCAUUGUGCGCAACGAGCCAGGUGUGAUCAUGGCCUCAACCGGAACCGACGAGGAAACGGAGUCGACAUAUAUCAUGGACCGCGCUGCUGGCGGUGGGUGCGUUCUCGGCGGGUGCUCAGUAAAGAACAGCUGGGACAGCCAACCAGAUCCGAAUCUUGCCAUCCGCAUCAUGAAGCGAGCCGUGGAGUUGUGUCCGAGCCUGGUGCCUCCAGGUCAGGGUAUUGAAGCGUUGAGUGUCGUUCGCCAUGCCGUUGGUCUGAGACCGAUGAGGAAAGAUGGCAUCAGGAUUGAGAAGGAGACCGUCCGACAUCCGGAUAGGAGGCCAGUGACUGUCGUCCACAACUACGGCCACGGAGGCGCUGGGUACCAGACGUCGUAUGGUGCUGCGAAGAAGGCGGUUGCGCUGGUCGAGGACCGUUGGACGACACAAGCCAGGUUAUGA